ACUCCUCUCCGUGUCCAAGGCGCUCUGGAUCAUAUUAACGUCUCGGUAUGUGAGUUGGAGAGACAGCUCCUAACAUGAGUUUCAUGAAAGGCUCUGCUCCUCAUCUCUUCACUCCAACCUCGGACGCGACGCCUCCCGAAUUUGCCCAUUACUACACGUGCGGACCAGGCGGCGAUACCUUCUACGUGUGGCCGGCAUUCACCCCGGACAGCUCCGACUUAGGUUCCCCGCCACCUUCCGUCAGUUCGCCGGACAACUCACACUCGGGCAUCCGGUCUUCGUCGGAGUCCGCAGCCGACCCUUCUGUUCCUCCGGUCCGGUGCCUUAAGCGGAGAGUCACGGCUAACCGAAAGGAGCGUCGCCGGACGCUGAGCAUCAAUAAUGCCUUCGCAGAGCUCAGGGACUGCAUACCGAACGUGCCUUCGGACACGAAACUGUCCAAGAUAAAGACUCUGAAGCUAGCCACCAGUUACAUCGUGCACCUGAUGGACAUUCUGGCGGAGAAAAAGUCUCCCGAACAUUUUGGGGCAGAUCUUGCGAAAAUCUCUGAUGUAGGCAUUGGAAAGAAGAGAGAUUCAGGAGCGGUUUCUCAAAUGAUGAGCAAUGCAAAAAUCAGAAAAACCAGCGGAAGGACGGGCUGGCCGGAACAUGUCUGGGCCUUGGAAUUGAAGCAGGAAAAUCCCACGUGAUCCGAAUCGACUUCCACUAGAAUGAACUUUCUGAAAUUUUAGAGACUAACUAAGUCUAGUUGUUGAAAUACAAUCAAAGUGUAGAGUGUCCGAGUGCGAUGAACUGUUGCAGUCCUCGAAGUAGCAGCAAAGAUUCAAGAGUUUGUAUUACGCAGCUAUCGUGUGUUUGUGCUGAUUCAGUUAUGAACAGAUUUUCAUUGUAUGUUAAUUAAGUCCACAGAAAUGGUGUUUGCAAAUUACUGUGCACAAAUCAAAUGAAUUGAGCAUUUCUUUUCUUUUUUUUUAAUGUCAUUCGUUUUAAUUAUUUGCCGCAAAACUCCUCUUUAUAUAUUAUGAAGUAUUAAUAGAACGGUUGUGAGUAAAAUAAAUUCAGUUUUGAUUAUUUUUAAGGGAUUACUUUUUGUACAUACGGUGUUAAAAUAACAAAUACAGUAGACUCCCGAUUAUCCGCGGGCGGGUUAUCCGUGCCUGCCGCACAAAGUUUUUUUUUUUUUUUUUUUUAGACUGAUUUUUUCAAAAAGGGGCAGUUUUACAGUUAUGCUUUUGUAAUUACACAAUACAUUACAGUAUUAAAACAGUACAUAUGUAUUAAUUUUUCUGUGUAUCCUUGACGCAUCUCGUAAAUACUAAGCACUUUUCUGUUUUCAUUAACAAAAUGCAUUUUAGGUUCGUUUUGAGUGAUAUACUAAAAUAUUAAGCGUUAGUUAAACAUUUCCUGCUGUUUAUUUUACGUUUUUUCAAAGUUGGAAUGACUGUUUUCUUUUUUGCUAUACCCGUUUUUAGCUUUUUUCGGAUUAUCCGAGAUUUUUGUUAUCCGCGGCGGCCGCGCCACCCAAUUCCGCGGAUAAUCGGGAGUGUACUGUAAAUUGAUCUCUUAAAUGUACAUAUUUGAACCCAAUUGAUAUAUAAUGAAUUUAGGUAAAUUCUCUAUUAUCUUUUCAUUAUUGAAUUUAUUGACGUAAAUUAUUUCUGAUUAAAUUUACAAUAUAUUUUGCUUUAUCCGAAUUAUGUUUCUGAACUUUCCAUUAUAGUCAUUUUAGCAUUCUAAAAGAAUGUUCAACUUACAAUAAAAUCGAAGUUCAAUUUUUGUAUAUUUAAAAUAUCAGUUCGUUAACACAGCCAUUUGGAAAAUUUCUACUUUCUAGUGCAAUAUAAUUGUGCAAUAUGUAAUACGUUCUUAUCUAAAUUUUUAAGAAAUUGUAUACUGAUUAUAUAUUACUUCUAUAUGGAAGUUAACUGAUUUUCCAUGGUACUGAAUUUUUACUCGUAUUGGAAGUCAAUGGUUUUUUAUUAAUGUAAAAAUGAAUUAGAAAUGAUGUAUUUAUAUAAAAAUCUUUCUUAAAAAUUGAUAUAUAUAUAUAGAUAGAUAUGUAUGAAGUAUAAAAAAAUGUUUCAUAUUUGUGAGUGCCUUAAAUGUCGUUUCAAAAUGAAUAAGAAUGGAUAUUAAUAAUUAAAAAUAUAUGUGAUACCGUAUGAUAAUUAUCAAUGAUCAAAUAUUUUUUUCAUGAAUUGUUUGUGUCUUAUUAUUUUAAGUUAUUAUAUUUUAAAGAUCGAUGUUAUAGUUUGUUUUCAUAUCGUCAUU